CCCGCGAAUGGUGAAUCAGACGCUCUUGCUUUGACUCCACACAUCGCUCACACUCGUAUAUACGUACACAAGGCUGUGUUCUCGUUGCUGUUCUCCGCUUCGAAAGUCCUUUGCUCCUACCGCUCGUCGCGGCAUUGAGCGGACUUGGCAGCUCUCAAGCUCUGACCGAGUGGAUUUCGCUCCUUAUUCUUAAUCACUCUCCUUCUCCCCACAACGACAUCAUCCGCUAUGCCCUCCUGGCGUAGAUCUAGCAAUCGCUCGAGCGGCAGCGCCAGCGGCAGUACAGGCACACCAACUGACUCUCCGUCUCCAUCGGCAGGGACGAGCGUCACGUCCUCGCCUUCGCCAAGCAUGCGUAAGCGCUGGUCCUUGACACCGAGCAAAAACCGCGAAGCAGCCACAGAGCUCGCCACAUCUGCAUCCCCAAGUCCCGGAUCGCGCAUUGUCAGCGCUGCCGGAAAGGGAGUGCCCACAGUCAGUGUUUCUCCACCUGAAGCUGCCAAUGAUGCGACCAGCAACAGCACAGAUUCGAAUGACUCCAGCUCGCCGUCUCAUCAAAGAGGACGAUCCUCAAAAGACAGCCCUUCUUCAUCCUCUAGCUCUCCGAGCGACGAGCUAGGCAGUCAGCCUCCCAGCAUGACGACGGGCAGCACAUCCGCCAGUAUAGAGAGCUUGGAGAGCAUUCAAGAUCUGCACCAGAGGUCUGUUGCCAAAGCAGCUCUCAUCGCGGCCGCCGCUUCUGGUGGAACAAACAAGCUGUCAGGUGGUGUUUUGAGCACUCCAGCCGGCAACGUCGUCAUUGGCGCUGGUCUUGGCGCAGCUGCUGCGGCCGAGGCUCCCACAUCCCACUCCAGCAGCGCAGAUGGCUCCACGCUAGUGCACUCAGAGUUCGGAUACUGCGCGAACCCUGCUUUCAGGUACGAGUCUUCACACAAGAAUGGGUCUCUUCCAAGCCCACAUGAAGAGGAACCGCCAUACUAUACGGUCCUGACCACCUACCUCUCGUAUGCUAUCCUCAUCGUCGUGGGUCACAUUCGAGACUUUCUCGAAAAGCGCUUCUACCCUUCGACCUUUACUCAUCUCGUAGAGAUCAACGGCUAUGCUCCUUUGAACUCCGACUUUGACAGCUUCUACACGCGUAGACUCAAGCAUCGUCUAGAAGAUUGCUUUGCCAGACCGGUCACGGGCGUGUGCGGCAGAACCGUCACUCUGCUCGAUCGCACUUCCCAAAAUGCUUUUGAUACAUUCGAGCUCACCGGCGAAAAGACUCGCUGUCUCAACGUAUCAGCAUACAACUAUCUGGGAUUUGCUCAGAGUCACGGCGCCUGCGCAGACGCUGUAGAAAGGUGCUUGAAUACGUACGGCGUAAGCAGCUAUGGGUCGAGGUUGGGUGUGGGCGCACUCGAUCUGCAAGCCCAAGCAGAGAAGCUGGUAGCUCAAUUCGUGGGCAAGCAAGAUUGCUGUGUGGUAUCGAUGGGAUUCGCCACCAACAGCACAACUAUCCCUGCCAUUGCUGGCCCAGGCGCGCUCAUCAUCUCGGACGAGUACAAUCAUUCUUCUAUCAGAUUUGGUGCCAGACUUACGGGGGCAGCUAUCAGACAGUACAAGCACAACGACAUGGAGGACUUGGAACAUUUGCUGAGAGAGUGCAUCUCUCAAGGUAUGCCUCGCACGCACAGACCAUGGAAGAAGAUUUUCUUGAUGGUGGAAGGCUUGUAUUCGAUGGAAGGCACACUUGUCAACCUGCCAAAAGUGCUGGAGCUCAAGGACCGUUACAAAUUCUACCUCUAUAUCGACGAGGCUCACUCUAUCGGUGCUAUAGGACCUCGCGGUCGAGGAGUCUGCGACUACUUUGGUGUCGACCCGGCGCGCGUUGAUAUUCUGAUGGGUACAUUCACUAAAUCGUUCGGAGCUGCUGGAGGAUACAUCUGCGGGGACAAGAGCAUCAUCGAUAGGGUCAGGUUGGCUAACCACGCCAACGUAUACGGAGAGACGUUGAGUCCUCCUGUUCUGACCCAGAUCAUCUCCUCCAUGGCUGGCAUCAUGGGCGUGGGCAAUGCUGCGCACGAGAUGGCGCUUUUGCCCUCCUUCGUUCACCUGCCUCCCCGAUUGCUCGACGGCUCCGAAGGUCGCGAGCGAUUGCGAAGACUGGCUUUCAAUGCUCGAUACUUAUCCAGUGGGCUCAGGAAACUGGGCUUCAUCGUCUACGGUCAUCGCGACAGUCCUAUCGUUCCGCUGCUCAUCUUCAACCCAGCCAAGAUGCAAAUGUUUAGCCGAAUGAUGCUCGAUCGGUCUUCCUCCGUGCCACCUUCCAGGCGUUUGGCAGCGUCGGAGAAGGAUCUUUCUUCACGGGAAUUGGCAAGGCUCAACGACCCGGCUUCUGCUGAGGCGCUGCACGACGAUGGCACGUUCAGCCGACCACCCAUCGUAGUCGUCGUGGUGGCUUACCCAGCCACACCUCUAAUCUCAUCCAGAGUCAGGUUCUGCGUGUCCGCAAGCCACACGAAGAGCGACAUCGACGAUGUGCUACGUGCUUCCGAUGAGAUUGGAGAGGCGCUGCACAUGAAGAUUGGAACUGGCGCACCUGGACGUAGGUGGACCAUUGAUGAAGUCACCAGUCGCAGCCUGGAAUUGGUGCACUGGAACGGCACGGAUGCCAUCUAGAGCGAGCGGGAGUAAAGAUCGCCCGAACAGCCAGCGAGCUUCGUGCACAUAGCCCCCCUCUUUCGGUCGGACCCUUCGUCCGUCGCGUCGGCUGAUUGGAGCAUCACAUCAUCCUCACGUGUACCUUUCCUCUUCUCUCUUCUCUCUCCUUUCACCGUUCCGAUGUCUUGCCUCGCAAUGCAGCAGCAUGUAUCAAGCGGACCGAGGGUGCUUCAAGAAUAAUGUGUGAUUUGACCAGGGC